AUGGAUACGUUGUCACCGAUAUGCCGUGAGCUUGCCUCACCUGGCAUCUUCCAGCCUGUGCUAUCUGUCUUGAUCAUUUUCGGCAUCCUCAUCUCCUACCUACCACAACACAUUCGAAUCAUCACACGACGAACCUCCUUUGGAAUCUCCCCCUAUUUUGUGCUUCUCGGUACUACAUCUGGGACAUCUGCUUUUGCAAAUAUUCUGGUCUUCCCCAAGACUGCGCAAGAUGUUGCUUGUUGCAAGGAGAUUGACGGGCUGGCUUGCUUCGCAGGGCUACUUGGUGUCUUCCAGGUGGGCAUGCAAUGGCUAAGCUUCUUUUCAAUCCUGCUCCUCUUCGUGAUUUACUUCCCAAGGGCCACCUCCCCGACCAACCCGGUCGCCUCUGUCUCUUCAACCUCCAGUGGCCCGACUUACCGCACCGCCCUUACAAUCACUGCCAUCUGCCUCUUUCACGCUCUUGCUACACUCGUCAUCUCGGUGGCAUUCGCACUCCGCCAACCCACUGCUCUCCCCGCGUGGGCGAACUUCCUCGGCGUCUUAUCUGCCAUUCUCGCGUCAAUCCAGUACUUCCCGCAGAUCUACACAACUUUCCGUCUGCGCUGCGUGGGAAGUUUGAGUAUCCCGAUGAUGUGCAUCCAGACCCCUGGAAGUCUGAUCUGGGCCGCUAGUCUGGCUGCGCGCGAAGGGGUCAAGGGCUGGAGUAUUUGGGGAGUGUUGGUGGUGACAGCUUGUUUGCAGGGUACUCUGUUGGUGAUGGCAAUCUACUUCGAAUACUUUGCCCCCGAUAGCAAACACAAGGGAAGUGCGAGCGAGGGUGAGGAUGCGCGGGAUUGUCAAUCAAAUGGGGUUGGCGCGUCCUCGUUUGAGACACCUGAGACGCCGACACGGGAACCGGUGUCCGUGGAACAUCCUUCUGAAGAGACUCCGCUGCUACAGAGCCAGUGA